UUUUAGGUCUUCUCCAACAUGUAAAUUCAACAGACUGGAGUUUUCACCAAGUAUCUUAAAACUAUGUCAAGUUUUGAGCAGUUUCACAUCGACUUUUACCAGUCUAAUUAUACCAUAGAGGACCAGGAAGAAGGCUGCAACAGCUAUGGCUCAGACAAAAACCUCUGUGAAAGCAGAAAGAGCCAGGCAGAAAAGCAACCUGCAGUUGGGGCUUUUGUUCCAUCAGACAUGCUUCUGUCCUCUCAGAGCUACUCGGGUCAGAUUUUGCAGCCAGCGUACAGUCCCGACACUCCUCAGCUUGGUUAUGUUGAUGGAUUUGAUGAGGAACCUCCUUUGCUAGAAGAACUUGGGAUCAAUUUUGAGCAUAUAUGGCAGAAAACAUUAACCGUUCUAAACCCAAUGAAGCCUGCAGAUGGCAGCAUUAUGAAUGAGACAGACCUCACCGGACCUUUGGUUUUCUGUUUGGCCCUUGGAGCAACAUUGCUGAUGGCAGGAAAAGUUCAUUUUGGCUACGUGUAUGGGAUGAGUGCCAUCGGGUGCCUUGCCAUGCAUGCCCUGCUGAACCUGAUGAGUGUCUCAGGAGUCUCGCACGGCUGCGUUGCAAGUGUCCUGGGCUACUGCCUGCUGCCCAUGGUCAUCCUGUCCUCUUCUGCAGUUGUCUUCUCACUGCAGGGGACCCCAGGAACUGUCUUAGCUCUGUUUAUUAUUGGAUGGUGCAGUUUGUCAGCCUCCAAAAUUUUUACGUCUGCAUUGGCUAUGGAAGGACAGCAGCUCCUGAUUGCAUACCCAUGUGCUUUACUUUAUGGACUUUUUGCACUUCUAACAGUGUUCUGAGAUGAAUUUUCUGGUAGUCUUCUCACAAUCUGUUUAUGAUUGUUGGAGGGGAAAGGUUUAUUUACUUAUUUUCAGAUUGCCUAGAGUUGUGUUAAGUUCCAUUAACAAAAUUAGAUUCUAUAACUUACUGUUUUUUUCCUAAUGGCUGAUAAUGAAAUAAAAAAUCAAGCUAACAGGUAGGUGGCCUUAAAAUAAUGGUGUUUUGACAGUCUUACAGCUUAAAGAAAAGAAAUUGUAUU